UCCCAAUAUUUAACAAGAAGAAAAAGAGGAGAUGUAAGAAAAAUAUCCAAAAACCAAUCUUUUGAAAUCUUGAAUUUACCCAAUUUCUGUCGGAAUUUUCGCUCAGAUUUCCAUUUGAAUUCCAACCCAUUUUCAGAUAAUCUAAAGUACCCUUCACUGUAUAUUUUUUUUGUUUGGUGUGUGGGGAUAUAUAUAUUAUAAUAGAGGGGUACCCUAUCUUCCAGAUUUGUUCAUUGACUGGUAAGAAAAUUGCUUUUUUCUUUAUCCAGUUUCUUGGGGUUUUUUUCCCCUUUUAAUUUGGAAGAAUAAAUUUACCUCACAGAUCGGCAGAAAUUAACUCUUCUAACUCAGACGACUCGACAUUCAAACAGAUUGAAAGAUAUGCAGAGUCAGUUGAUGUGCAGUGGGUGCAGGACAAUGCUUCUUUAUCCCAGAGGAGCUUCUAAUGUCUGCUGUGCAGUGUGCAAUGCACUCACCCCUGUCCCACCACCUGGAAUGGAAAUGGCUCAAUUGAUAUGUGGAGGCUGUCGUACAUUACUUAUGCAUCCACGUGGAGCAAACAGUGUGAGAUGCUCCUGCUGUCAUACGGUGAACCUUGUCCCAGGUCCAAACCAGUUUGCUCAUGUCUACUGCGGGAACUGCCGUAUGAUGCUGAUGUAUCCAUGUGGAGCUCCAUCGGUUAAAUGUGCAGUAUGCCAUUAUAUUACCAAUGUUAAUGCAGGAGAUGGAAGAGCCCAUGCACCUUUGAACCCUCCUAACGGCACUGCUACUCCUGCUUCAGGAUCCUCUUCAACUGCCAAGGCUCGUUCACAAAAUCAAACUGUUGUCGUCCAAAACCCAAUGUCUGUCGAUGAGAGUGGCAAGUUGGUGAGUAAUGUAGUUGUUGGUGUAACAACAACAUCAUAGCUCGGCAGCUAAACUUGCUGUUCGUGGACAACAAUUGAGAGUUUUGCUCGCAACAAUUGGAAAGAUGAGAAUAAAGACAGCCGCUGCAUAUAAAUAUGGUAGUGUUUAGUGUUAAUACUACAACCAUACCCCUGUUUUUCUUUUGUAACAUUUUGAUAUUAUGAUUGUGGGGUGAUUGAAGCUACUACAACAAGUGUUGUGACUAUUUGGAGUCUGUAAUUGAUAACUACGCGUUAGAUUUGUGGCGUGCUAUGCCCAAAGUCAUAAGUGAAGAAUGUUAUUAUGUACCUUAUAUGCCAUAUUAUUGUAUAUGACUGUAUACCAUGAACCUUACUGCCUAAACACCUUGCUUUUGA